GACUUGCUUCUGCUACAGAGACAUGAAUCAAUGAUCGCUGAUAUGACUCAAAAUUUCUAUAGGUGGAGCACCGCAAGCGGCUUCCCUGUUACAAGUCCACUUUGUUACUUAGGCCAUGGCUAAUGCAUCAGAAAACAGCCCAUUGGCCAUGGGCUUAUGGCCGACACUAAUGAAAGGGCAGAUGAGCAAAAUCCACUUUUGGAAGCAAAUCCUGGAAUGCAAUAAGUUUUCAAAUCUUCCCCAAAGUAAUCAUCACAUGCAAAUAACUAUGGCAAUCAGCACUAUCAAGAUACCAGUUACCGCUGCAGGUCCACCUUUGACGAUGCUAAGUUUUCUUCAUACAGCAUGAAACCUUUAACUUUCCACUCAAUGUUUUCUUAACGCAGUUGAACUUACUUGUCCAGGGCUGAUAUCAUAUUCCAUUACCAUCUUAAAUUGUAUAUAACCAAAUCAUAGCCAUUGGAUUUGUAACUUAAAGGUCCAAAACACUAAAGUACUGGAAGAGAGUUAACAAACAUAAGCCGCAGGACCAUUUCUUUAGCAAUUUAUUAUACAGCAGUGUGCAUAUUCAAACAAAAAAUCUGUGAUUUCCAACUUUAAAUCCAUAUGCACAUCCUUUUGCCCUUAUUAAAAACAACAUGUAGGGCCGCUACCCUGAAUCAAACCUCCUUUUUUCUACUUUAAUUAUUCCACACCCCGUUAUAUUUAAAGAAACAACAAUUUUAAUCUCCAACAAAACUUGUUUUAGAGGUUUUUUAUCCUUACAAACUCAGAGAUGCUUCCACUCCCUCCUCCACCACCCUCCCCGCUGCCCGCAAAACCAUCUCCACAACCAGGAAAGCAAGGCUUUCCAGUCUCUCUCAAUCAGAUAGUCAUAUCAAAGCAAGCCAGAAAUCAACAAAGUUCUUCGGCAGAGACAUCAAAUUCUGACGGCAAGAAAUUAAGCAGGCCGCCAAUAUUCAAACAUCCUCGACCUCGCCGUACCAACCCAGUUAUAUGGUGUGGUGCAAUCCUCUGCCUCAUAUUCAGCCUUGUUCUCAUCUUCUUUGGAAUAGCAACCUUGAUUAUCUACCUUGUCAUUAAACCAAGAAAUCCAGUGUUUGACAUUCCAAACGCAAAUCUAAGCAGCAUAUACUUCGAUUCACCAGAGUAUUUCAAUGGGGAUCUUACCUUCCCCGCAGAAUCCUCCAACCCAAAUCAGAAAAUUGAUGUGAGAUUCGAGUAUGUGGAUAUAGAGCUCUACUUUUCGGAUAGACUUAUAGGAACUCAAGUUCUUCAGCCUUUCACACAAAGAAGUCGGGAAACAAGAUUGGAAUCAGUUCAAAUCAUAUCAAGCUUGGUCUAUUUGCCCCAGAAUCUUGCUUUUGAACUUCAAAAGCAGGUGCAGAGUAACAAGGUCCACUACAACAUGAGAGUAACUUUUAAAGUGAGAUCUAACCUGGGUCUGCUCCAUUAUUCAUACUGGUUACAUGGAAGGUGUGAGAUAGAGAUGACUGGCCCACCCACUGGUGUUAUCGUUUACCGAAGUUGCAAAACAAAGAGAUGAAGAAGAGACUUUUAACUUUUCUUUUCCUGGUUUGUUCAGAUUGAUGUCUAAAUAGAUUUUUUUAUAUAUAAUAAGACAUGGUCUGAUAAGUUUUGUGCUAUGGAUCGAACAGAAUUCUUCGAGGUUGUAAUUGUCUGAGGCCAUAAAUAUGUUAUUUUGAAACCUUAAGCUCAGUAAAAAUAGACAAUAUUUCAUUUU